AGACGGAAGAACAACCAUCAAAAAAGAAAGUAAGAAAAUGUAGACAAAAUUAAUGGUGUGAAUGUCCUUGCUUAAAUCCUUCCAUUUUAAUGGAAGUUCUACUCUUUAUACUCUCCAGAAUUUAGGUAAAAAUAUUAUUGGAAGACGCAAUUUAGCAAGAUUAAUCUGCUCUGGACUCUUCCAUUCAUUUGUUGAACAUCGUUCUGGGUUUGAUCAAAAUGGAAGCACUUUUCGUUGUAAUGACCGAACUUAUUUGUGGCUUAUAAAAGGAUGGAUUGAUUCGGGUUCCUGGUCAUUACUUGAUUGCAGAAAACUUCAUGGGUUGAUGUUUAAAGCAGGUAUUAGUCAAGAUGUUGAAUUAUAUUACCAGCUGUUAGGAUUUUGUAAGUCCAAUGGUUGUUUCUGGGAUGCACAUAAACUGUUUUAUGAAAUGCUUGAAAGGGAUAUUAGUUUGGUAUUGCUUUUGCGUAUGUUGAGUGAGAAUGUCUAUCAGGAUGAGUUCACUUUUGCAAAUUUGUUUAGGGAAUCUGGUGGGGAAAAGACUGAUUUUUGGUGUACUGAUCAGUUACAUGCUAAAGUCAUUGUUAAUGGGUUCGAUCGUAGUCGUUUUGUUUGUAAUCCUUUGAUCGAUUUGUACUCGAAGAGUGGAAUGACAAAAUAUGCCAAAUGUAUUUUUAAGAACUUAGGUGAGAGGGAUAAUGUGAGUUGGGUUGCUAUGCUUUUUAGAUUAUCUCAGAGUGGAUUCCGAGAAGAAGCUAUUCGCCUAUUAUGUGACGAGAUCCAUGCUCUGUCUAGUGUUUCGAAUUCUUAUGGUAAGACUGAGGCAUUUACUUUUGGAGAGGAAAUUCAUGGUUUUCUUUAUAAGUGGGGUUAUGCUUUCGACGAUUUUGUGUGCAAGACGCUUGUGAACUUUUAUUCUCAUUGGGGACAAUUUAUUUCCGCUGUAAAAGUUUUUGAGACGAUGAUGCAUAGGGAUGAAGUGAUCUAUAAUUCGCUUAUGACAGGGCUUGUUCGGAUUGGCUGUAGUUUUAAUGCCCUUUGUUUGCUACAGAUGAUGCAGUAUGAUAUGUUAGAACCCGACUGCGUUACAGUGGCAAGCCUUAUUAGUGGAUGUUCUGCGAUUGGAGCUAUUGAGAAGGGUCAUCAACUUCACGCAUAUGCACUCAAGGCGGGAUUCUUCUCUGAUAUGCUCAUUCAAGAGUCUUUGCUAGACCUUUAUGUUAAACGGUCUGAUCUCGAAACUUCAUACAAGUAUUUCCUUACUACCCAAAUAGAGAAUUUGGUCCUAUGGAACGUAAUGUUUUUGCGAAUGCAGAUGAAGGGUUUGGAACCUAAUCUGUACGCAACUCCGGUCACAAGAACUUCGGAAGGAGCUCUAAACUUGGGAAAACAGUUUCAUACCCAAGUCAUUACUACAGGAUUUCAGUUCAAUGAGUAUGUUAGUAGUGUUCUUAUAGAUAUGUAUGCGAAGCACGGGAACCUAAAUGCUGCUGAAAAGAUUUUCUUAGGGGUCAGUGAAAAUAGCGUUGCCUAUACGGCUAUGAUAACUGGAUAUAGGCAGCUCGAGAUGUAUGGGUAUGCUUUGAAGCUUUUCAAACUGAUGUUAGGCCGUGGUAUACAAGCUGAUAAUAUUGGAUUGUCGAGUGUAGUCAGUGCUUGUGCAGGAAUUCGAGCAUAUAACCAAGGUCGGCAAAGUCAUGCCCAAUCCUAUGUUCUUGGUUACUGUGGUGAUGAUGCUAUUCAGAAUGCUCUCGUAGGUCUUUAUGCUAGAUGUGGAAGACCUCAAGACGCCUAUCGUGCAUUUGAUAGACUCGAGGUGAAAGAUAACAAUGCAUUGGUUACCGGUUUUGCAAAGGUUCGAGAGGAGAUGGGUCCAUUUGGUGAUCCUUGUCUUUAUCAGGAUGACUGUCCGUGUCAGGCUCCCACGUAAAUACUGGUGGCAAACGAAUUUUACUAUGCAAGUAUGGUGCACGUAAACCGUUUGCACCCAUUGGCAACGUGCAUAAAAGGCAUGCAAUACUCGACAAAAUCAAUCAUUCGCUCAACAUUUUUUACAAAUGUAUGCUUGGUUUUUUGUAGUUUAAGAUUUUGUAGAUUGCUUAUUGCAUUUUGUUUGAAGAACUUCAUUUAAACAAGCACUAACAAGAAUCAAUGGAAAUAACCUUUGGUUGGUCUGAUAACUAACAUAGGUAAG